ACACUUGGCAGGGGGGCGAGGCGUUAACCCUUUAACACCCCACCCCACAGCCGUGGUGUGAAGGAACUAGAGAGAAGGGGAGGGAGAAGACUCCCCCGCACCCCGUUUCUGCCUUGUAGUUGCCACGUUUGAUCCUCCCUCUCUUCUGGCGCUUGCAAUGGAGCCGGGCAAACAAGCAGGCGAACCGCAGCGCCUGGCUCCAUGUGAUCGAGUCGAACCCCCUCUUGCGAGGGACUAGCAGGGGGCGGGGCGGAGGGAGGAGCAGGUGGGAAGCGGGAGCCUGUUGCCCCCUCGAGAGUUAGAGGCUCGGGCAGCCUCGCCCAGCCGCCUGGAUGUGCAAAGCGCCCGGCGACACGGCAGCCACGAGAUGUAGCUUGGCAGGGAAACCAGCGGCGCGAGCAAACAGGUCCCCCCCCCCACUUGUUCCUUGUGCUUGUCCCUGCCCGGGUGCUCUGGGGCGGGCUGCCCCCUCCCCGCCAGCGGCUGGGGUCUCUCUCCUCCGGACAAGGCACUGAGUGACGGGGGACGCGGCCAGGCUUGAAGAAUGGCAUGCAAAGAUGGUUUCUGCCAAGGAGCUAGUGAUCUUGAUGUCCUCGGGUCUCUCCAUCACCCUCCUGCACUUCCUGUGCCUGGCAACCUGCGUCACCGAGCCCCCGGGACAGAUCAAAAAGGAGGAGAAAUUAUGGCCGGAGAAUUUUACAAGCAUCCUGAACAGUCUCUUGGAUGGUUAUGACAACAGGCUGCGCCCUGGAUUUGGGGGUAUGGUUACUGUGCACGGUCCCUCCUGUCUGUCAGUCUGCCUGUGUGUCUGUCUGUGGGGAGAACUAGGUCCUGUUACUGAAGUCAAAACAGAUAUAUAUGUCACCAGUUUUGGACCUGUUUCCGAUGUAGAAAUGGAAUACACAAUGGAUGUCUUCUUUCGUCAGACAUGGGUGGACAAAAGAUUAAAAUAUGAUGGUCCCAUUGAAAUUUUAAGACUUAAUAACAUGAUGGUUUCAAAAGUGUGGACACCUGACACUUUUUUCAGGAAUGGGAAAAAAUCCGUCUCGCAUAAUAUGACAGCCCCAAAUAAACUCUUUAGAAUAAUGAGAAAUGGCACCAUCUUAUACACAAUGAGGCUUACCAUAAGUGCAGAGUGUCCCAUGAGAUUAGUGGAUUUUCCAAUGGAUGGUCAUGCUUGUCCUCUCAAAUUUGGGAGUUAUGCAUAUCCAAAGAGUGAAAUGAUUUACACCUGGACAAAAGGACCUGAGCAAUCCGUGGAAGUUCCUGAAGAGUCUUCCAGUUUAGUUCAGUAUGACCUGCUUGGGCAUACUGUGUCCACUGAAACUGUUAAAUCUAUUACAGGUGAAUAUGUUGUUAUGACAGUUUACUUCCACCUCAGACGGAAAAUGGGUUAUUUUAUGAUUCAGACAUAUAUCCCAUGCAUUAUGACUGUGAUCCUCUCGCAAGUGUCAUUUUGGAUAAAUAAGGAAUCUGUUCCAGCUAGAACCGUAUUUGGAAUAACGACAGUUUUGACAAUGACAACACUGAGCAUCAGUGCAAGGCAUUCAUUGCCAAAAGUAUCCUAUGCCACUGCCAUGGACUGGUUCAUAGCUGUCUGCUUUGCCUUUGUGUUCUCUGCUCUUAUUGAGUUUGCUGCUGUCAACUAUUUUACUAAUGUUCAAAUGGAAAAGGCCAAAAGGAAGACAGUGAAAUCCCUCCUUGAAUUUCCAGUCAUGCCGGUGAAGCGAGAACAAUGCACAGAAGAGGCACUCAUGACUACAGAUGCCAAUUCAAAUGUGAGGAAAAGAACAAAUGCCAUGGCCCAGUCAGAAGCUGAUGGUGGGAACCAAACUGACGCAGCAAAUAGUUCCAUCCAACCUUCUGUGGUAACUCAGGGGUCUUCUGACAUUACACCCCAGUCUCUUUCAGCAUCAAGUCCAAACCCGUUCAGUCGCCUCAAUGUAUCAGAAACAUUGUCUUCUGCAAGAGCUACUCCUCCAGCUCCUCCCUCCACCCCAAUUUUAACUGGAUGCAUAACACAGCAUGCCACUGCUGGAUCCCCAUCCAUUCAUCAUUUACUUGGAUCUAGACUGGAGCAGAUUCAGACCACAGCUAAUACGGUGGGAGCAUCUGUAAAGCUGUCUGCUAUCUCUCCGUCUCCUGCUCCCCCUGCUUCCAGCUCGGGCACCAGUAAGAUAGACAAAUAUGCACGCAUUCUAUUUCCCGUCACAUUUGGAGCAUUUAACAUGGUCUACUGGGUAGUGUAUCUAUCCAAGGAUACCAUGGAAAAAUCAGAAAGUCUAAUGUAGUUUUGCUGCAAUAUAGUAGUUUCCUUAAGUAUUAUAACACAUUUGUUGCAGGGUUCCUUCUUUUAAAACUUUUUUUUUUUUUAAGAGACCAUUAUUCUUAUUUUACAAGGCUCUGUGCUAGGUUCCCACUGCAAAGAACAAAUUUAUUGGGACAAUUAACUAACUCAUCACUGAGUAAAGGGUAAGAAAAUUGGCUUUUCUCUCCCAAAUGGGAACACAGAACUUGCCAUGGGGGGCAGGGAAGGGGAGGAACAGUGAUGGGAAGUAAGUAGAAUGCAGACACACACAUUUAUGCAGUGUAAUGUGCAUUGACUUUUAGUAGUGUACCAUAAUGAUUUUUACAAAUCACCACUGCCUAGACCCAGCAAUGCAUUUUCCACUAUGACUUGCAGUGACUGUUUUGGGGAUACUUUUAAAUGCUGCCAGACAGGGACUUUUCCGUGCUAGAUUAAAGUUGAUGAAAGAAAUGAUGAGUUGUGACAGAAGAAAAUAGAGGGAGUCC